AUGACUCGGCUUCCAAGGUUUCAUGCAUCCAUGGAAUCGGGUCAACUAAGGAACAGUAUUGUUUCCUCCACCUCGAGUCACUCUCUUGCUGAGGCUAAUUUAGCUGAUCUCACCUUCUUUUUUAAUGCCUGGCUCUCGCAAAAUAUCGGUGAUGGUCAGGUCACACGGGAGGUGGCAUCCAGAGCCUCCUUGGGGUUGAUUCUGCAGGAACAACGACGUCUUCGCCUAGAGGCUCUGAAAAGAUCACAAAGGAUCACACCCGCCUUACUUGUUACUGAAGAGCCUAAAGUGGUGAUGAAAGAUUUGUCACAGCUUCCUACUGUUCAAUACCAUGUAAUGGUUAAAACCAGUGAUUUGUGGAACUCUGGGACGGCCGCCACUGUCAUGGUUUUGCUUCUUGGGCAGUUUGGUGAUUCUGGCCCUCGUCAUCUGUGGAACAGAGAAUUGAUGAAGAGGCGACCUUUUCAGCAGGGCCAAGUGGACGAGUUCAAGAUUCAGUGUGUGACCUUGGGUCGUCUGAAUUCACUUAAAGUGUGGCUGGAGUCCUCUCUGAGGAAGACAUUAGAGACAUGGUGCCUGGAGUGGAUUCAAGUAAUUGAAGAGGAUGUUUCUUUAAGCAACAUUUCUCCUCCAACCCCGGCGAUUGUUCGUCAACCACCGACGCUAUUCCACGGCGACCAGUGGCUUUAUUCAGAGCCAGUAGCUAACAUUCUUCAAAUGCCCCCAAUUCUUCAGCCAGUAGACCGCAUUUUUGGACUUGAUGAAGAAUCGCACUACGGAUUUCCGACCAGGAUAUCAAAGUUGUGGAAGUCGAUGGCAUGGAUAUUCAAAAACGGCAUGGAAAUAUCCUUUUAUUCACUGGUGACUGGUUACCCACUCAGUAUGAUGUCUUGCGGUCAGGUUAAAUCCAUUAAAGCCAUAAGUGAUUCCUUCACUGAGAUCCUAUUUACCGUCCGUACAACGGACUACAUCGUCACGGCAAGGCACCGGCGAGCAUUUGUUAGGUCUACAUUGAAAAAGAGCCAGAGGACACCGAAUGAUGCACAAGACAAGACCAAAAUCGUGCUUCCUGUUUUCCAAUUUGCUCUCACCUCGAAGCCAUGGCUCCAUUUGACGUUGGCAGAGGAUGGAAGUCUAUGUGUAAGAGGCACUUCUGAAUCAGAUGAAUCUAAGGGCUUUCUCGUUCGACCGCAGUUGGAUGGUUUUGUACAGUUGGAAUCGGUUCAUCUGAGGGAUUACAUUGAGCGAGCGUCAAAAAUUCGUGUCGACCCAUCUGAUGGAAGAGUUUCUGUAAGAGAAACUGUCGACCACAAGGAGACCUUAUUGAUGCCAUUUGUCAAGGGUUCAAUGCGGGAUCAAGGCAUAAUCAUGUUGUGCACCAACUCGGAACAGACGUUAAUUCCACGCGCAGAUGAGCAAUCAGCUGAUAAUUUGAUUGCCAUGGCGACUGGAAACCAUACCAACGAGAGCCACUGGCGUGUUCAUCGAGUUAAUAAGCAAAUUAGGGCCUUUGAAUCAGUUGUCCAUUGUGGACAUUUUCUGCAAAUCAAAGAAGGAGGAACAGUGGAUGUCAUGGUAAGAUAG